AUGUCUCAGCACUCCAUCGAAUCCGGAUACACCUCCGAAGAAGAAUGUUCCUUCAACAACCUUGAAAUCAUCGCCGCCGAUACUAAACGAUUCGCCAAAAGUUUCUCAAUCGAAGAAGAAAUCAUCAAGUCUGCGAAUGGAAUCGUAUACUCGGGCUUCGACCUUUCCACUGGAGAAGCAGUCAUCGUCAAACAGAUCCCGAAGACUUCCGUUUCCGAAUACAUCGUCAUGGACGGUCGACAAAUCCCUUCAGAAAUCUACUUCCAGUUCAAAGCCGCCGAAGCUUGCGAAGCCGUCGUCCAGCCAAUCGACUUCUUCGAACGCAAAUCUUCCUUCGUCAUCAUCAUGGAGAAGAUGGAAAACGUCACUGAUCUUUUCGAAUUCAAUCGUCAACAUGGUGCUCUUUCAGAAGAAGCAGCUCUCUUCAUUUUCAAGCAAGUAGUCGAAGCCGUCCAAGAAAUGGCCUCAGUCGGCAUCUCCCAUCGUGAUAUCAAGGACGAAAACAUCCUCAUUGACCCAGAAACCCUCCAGGUCUUCAUCAUCGACUUCGGCUGCGCCUCAAAGAUCUCUGAGAGAUCGACUCCGCGAGGAACUCCAGACUACUGGGCACCAGAAAUCUUUGCCAAUGGAGUUUCUUCAACCGAAGCAGCCGACUGCUGGGCCCUAGGUGCUCUCCUGUACAUUAUGCUCACUGGAUCAUGGAGAGUCGAAAACGGUCAAGUUUGCCGAAAUUUUAUCGGCGAAAAUCAUCUUAGCGAAGAUUUGAAAACUCUCUUCGAUCGAAUCUUCCACAAGAAUCCCGCUUUUCGCCUUGACAUUUCCACUCUCUGUAAACUUUUCUGA